AUGAGUUUUAAAGAGGAAUUAAUUGAGCAAUUUGGUAAUGAAGUAGACAAGUCAGAUGUUAUUGCAUAUCUAGAGAACCUGAUCAAAAUAUACGCAUUGAAUAUAGAAGAAUUAUUUAUUAAAUGGGAACAAUUUUCAUAUCACAGACAUGAAACUCAUACUGCAAUGAACACCAAAAAUCUAGAUGGGUUCAAAAAUUUCCUUCAAAAACAAAUCGAAAAAAAAGCACAGAAGUUUUCCAACACUAGCAAUGUAACUUCUUCAGGAUUGAAGUCAAAAAUUAUUGGUUCCAGUCCUUCUUUAUUUGGUUUUAAUUCACCAAGAACUCCAAUUAUCAAGAAACGUAAAUUAAACGAGACUCAACCAACUUCAUCAGGACAAAAGAGCAGCCAGAAACUGGGAUUUUCAUCUGGUUCAAAUGCGAAUAAUAAAAGUGAGAAUAUUGAAAAGAGUAAUACAACCUCUCCUUCAAUGACAGGCAGCACACAAAUAAACUUACCAUCCGAUAUUACGGUAAGUACACCAUCUCCUCUCAAGAGAUCUGGUGAAGCUGGUGUUACACUUGAUUCUCUAAAUCCAAAUAAUAUUGAAACUUCUGAAGGCUUUGAUCCAGAAAACGAUAAAAAAGUUAAGAUUACCCCAUUCUAUGAUCCUAUAAAAUAUAAAUUUAGAACAAUGAGACAAAAUUUACAAGACGCAGCUGAUGUUCUCGAUGAACAGAUCGAAAUAUUUUGCAAAUUAGCUAAAGAACAUUUUAAAUUAAGCCAGAGUGACUUUGGAGAUCCAACAAUCCAAUCGCAAUCAGAAAUAUAUGCUGUAGGCAGAAUUGUCCCAGAUUCUCCAACCGCAGAAGGUUUCUUAAACAUAGAUUCACUUGCAUUAGAGGCUUCUCGUUUGAUGGGUAUAGGUAGAAGAGUUAGACUUAACUUUUCCAAAAUCAAUGAGUGUUCAUUAUUCUGUGGUCAAAUCAUUGUGUUGAAGGGUAAGAAUGCAGAUGGUGAUUACUUUAUGGUAGAUGAAAUUUUAAAUCUACCAUACCCAGAUUCACCUGUAUCAACUGUUGAAGAUAUUGAAAACUCUAAUAUGAUCCAAAACGGCAAAUCAAUGAAAGUAAUAAUAACUAGUGGACCGUACUUUCCAGAAAACGAUUUCAAUGUGCAGCCUAUUAAAGAAUUUGUUGAUAAGAUAAACAAUAAAAUAAAACCUCAUACUUUAAUUAUGUUUGGACCAUUUAUAGAUAUCACACAGAACUGUAUAGCUAAAGGUGCAAUCCCUCAGUUUCAUGGAGUUACACAACAACCAAGAACUCUAGAUGAAAUAUUUACCAAGGUUCUUGUGCCUUUAUUAAGUGGAAUUAACAGUUCAAUUCAAGUUAUUUUAGUCCCCUCAACUAGGGAUGCAAUUUCUCACCAUGCAGCAUAUCCUCAAGAUUCAUUUGAUAGAAAGAAAUUGCAAUUACCUAAGAAUUUCAAAUGUUUUACAAAUCCAUCCACUUUUCAACUGAACGAAGUGUUUUUUGGAUGUUCGAAUGUGGAUAUAUACAAAGAUUUGAAAGAAGUUGCUAAGGGCGGAAAUACUGCAAUGAGAAAUAGAUUUGAUAGAGUUUCUGAGCAUGUGUUGCAGCAACGUCGUUAUUAUCCAGUUUUUCCAGGUGGAAUUAGGAAAACAGCGAAAAUAUUAGAGAAUAAGAAGAAAGUGAUUGAACAUAUCUCAGGAGCUGAUUUAGAGGUACCUUACUUGGGAUUAACUGAAUUUGUUGGAGAAAUUUCACCUGAUGUAAUUAUCAUGCCAAGUGAGAUGCAACAUUUUGCAAGAGUUGUUCAAAAUGUGGUCAUGAUAAAUCCAGGACGUUUUGUUAGACCUAAUGGAGGUAGAGGUACUUUUGCUGAGAUGACAAUUGAACCUCCUAAUGUUGAAAAUGGUAAACUUACGAAAAUGUCUGAUGAAGAUUUAUUUUUACAUAAUGUUUGGAAACGUUCCAGAAUUGAUAUUAUUACAAAUUAA